ACUUACUAAUCUCGCCUGUUAUAUGAUGAAUUCGAAUGAUGUCAUCCAAGGAGUGCAUGCUGCAUUAGAAGAUAACCUCAUAAAGUUUACCAAUUUAUACGAAAUCUCGUCCACACAAUGAAAACGAAAGUAAUGAGAUGGGAGCGGAUUUAUGAAAAAUCAAAUGGUAUGUAAAUGGUUACACAAAUAAUAUGAGCGUUGGAGUUGGAUUCUCCUAUAUUGAGGAAAAUGCAGCAACGGCCAUUACUAAAGAGAAAAAUGAGGCGUAAUCGUUAAAAGUGGAGGACUCUGGUUUCCAUCACCCCCCCUAUAUACGCUCCCUCAUUUCUUCCAAAUUUCUUGAUUCAUUCUCUUGCGAGCCUUCUUUUCGUUAUAGUCAAGCAAGCAAUUUCGUGAGUCUCCCCUCGGAUUCUCACGAACGCCAUGUCUAAGGGGGUUCUCUGUAAAUUUUUUGCCCAUGGCGCAUGCUUGAAAGGGGAGCAUUGUGAGUUUGCGCAUGAUUGGAAGGCCCCAUCGAACAAUAUAUGUAGCUUCUAUCAGAAGGGGAUUUGCACGUAUGGCAGUCGAUGCAGAUAUGAACACGUUAAAGUUUGUCGUUCUUCAUCAGAUAGUCCUCUCCCCAUCGAGCUUCCUUAUGGAGGUGCAGUCUCCACCGCAGCUUCCUCACCUCCGCCUGCAUUAGGACAUGAUGACAUGCUAAGCGAUGAUAAUCAUGUUAUAUGUUCUUUCUCGGGUCAUGGUGACUGCCCGCGGGGGGAAGACUGCCCCCACAUUCACGGGGACCUAUGUCCGAUCUGUGACAAACGAUGCCUGCAUCCCUUUAGGCCUCAAGAGAGGGAAGAGCACUUGAAGUCGUGUGAGAAGAGGCGUAAACAUAUGGAGGCGCUAAGGUGCAGUCAAGAAAUAGAGUGUAGUGUGUGUCUUGAGGCUGUCCUCUCAAAGCCUACGUCCGCGGAAAGGAAAUUCGGGAUUCUGUCAGAGUGUGACCAUUCGUUCUGCAUUUCGUGUAUUAGAAACUGGCGUAGUAGCUCUUCGACUUCUGGGAUUCAUCUUAACUCUGCUGUGAGAGCUUGCCCUCUGUGUCGGAGGCUCUCGUACUUUGUCAUCCCCAGCGUCGUUUGGUACUCCUCGAGCGAGGAGAAACAGGAAAUCGUUCAGAGCUAUAAGACGAAACUGAGAUCAAUUGACUGCAAGCACUUUGACUUUGGGAAUGGAACAUGUCCAUUUGGGACAAGCUGCUUCUACAGGCAUGCAUUUCACGAUGGUCGUCUUGAGGAAGUUGUUGUACGCCAUGUUGGUGGUGACGAUGGAGAUGCUGUCGUUGCCAAAGAUAUGAGGAUACCCGACUUCCUUAACUUGCAGAUAAGAUGAUUAAACAAUUUUGAUUUCUACUAAUUCUUCCAGCAGGGAAUUCGGUGGGAUAGGAUACUCUUGCGUGCUCUUCAACUAACUUUUCGACAAUUUUCUUUGGCUAAAUACAGCUAUUAUUUGAGUUGAUGUGAGCACUGAUUCCAUGAUUUGAAGCCUGCCAUUCCUAAAUAUACAGAUAGUUCUGUUGGACUAUAUUGAAAAGUGAAAAUGUAAACAAUAUCAAGAGUGAGGUUUUUUGGUUUUUGACCUUUGUUCUGUCCGGGAAAAAAAAGGAAAAAAGAAAGAAAAAAAAAGAAGUUGUUUUGAUGAUGCUUUACAUGAGAAGUGGGCUUACCUGGGAGGGUUGUGCAUUGUAUUUUUCUAGUAGUUUUGAAACAUGUAUGUAUGUACCCCCCAUUUUGGUAGCUCUUGUAAUAGCUUGUUUUUUUGAAACUGAUGUUGAAUUAUGCUGAUUUUUAGCAUUAAUAAUUAGCACAGCAGUUGUAAAAUAUGCUAGUCUCUCUCAUGAUUACAUGUAACAACUAAUUGCAUAAAAUAGUAUUUGUCACAAACAAACACACCAAUAUCAAAACAAUAUACAACCAGAGUAAUUAUUAACAAAGAGGUCUCAUAUAUGGUGAUAAAUAACAAAUAAACAACACUCCAUGUAUCUGUAUACAAAUCAAUACUAUGCUACUAACUUCUCAAGAAAUGGAAGAAGAAUAUCACAUCCCUCAAGUUCAACACACAAAUCCAAUAAGAAUAAUCUUAACAAAAUAAAAUAAAAU